AUGCCACCUUCGCUAACAACAUUUCUUCGAUCAGGUUGGUGAAGUUUUUUUUAAUAAUUUUUUUAAAAGCCCAUACCAUUUUUAGAUUAUCUUCCUCAACACGGCGAAUUAAUCACGGACGCAUUGGUAAAAAUGAAGAAGAAAGUGGAGAAGCCGAAAAAGAAGCGUAAAAGUUAGUACACGUGGUCUAAUUUUUAAUUUAAAAAUAUUUUUAAUUUUUGCAGCGCUAGGAACUGCGGCUUCUUCGCCAAAUGAUGAAAAUUGGAAAAAGCGACGCGGAAUUCGAAUGUCUUGGCCGAUGGGAAGAAGAAAUCCUGCAGAUGAGAAUUUAGAAUUAUCUGGAGGAGAGGAUGAAGAUUUUCAAAUUUCGAAGUAAGUAUUCAAAAUAAUUAUUUGAAUUAAUAAAAUAUAAUAAUUUAGGCCAUCCACAAGUAAUAGUUCAGUUCAAAAUAAUAUCGAAGAACCUGCAAAGCGGGGAGAAUAUUAUGUCAAAAAUUCAGAUGGAGUAGCAACAGAAAAAUAUAGCAUGGUCUACCGGAAUAAUUUGCAUAAUAAUAUUGAUGAAGAUGAAGAAAGUGGAGAUGAAGCUGGAACAUCACAUCAAACAAUUACAUUGACCGAUAAAUGGAAACCUGAAUAUAAUAAUGGUGUUCAAAUGCUUGUGCAUCCUGAAAGUUUGCCAAAUUUUGAAACUCAUGAUUUUACAUUUGAUCUCAAACCAAAAUCGCCUUUCAAAAUGUAAGUAUUUUUUCUUUAUUUAAAAAUAACCGCUAUUAUUUUUUUAGCCCUUCAUCUCUAAUUAUAACAAACCCAUCAGUUUCUUCAAAUUCUUCUGAUGAUUCGCCAAUUGAAGUUUUCGAAUUACCAAAAGAUCGAAUUUAUCAAGGAGAUGAGAUGGAUUUGAGAUUUUUGGAAAAAUUGAAUUUGAAAAGAAAAACAGCGAAUGGAAAUGAUUGGCUAAGUUGUGAAACAUUGUUGGAUAUUUUAAACGCAUUGGAAAUCGAAGCAUAUUCAAAUAUUCAUGAAGCUCUUCUCAGCCCGUUACAUUCUCCAAACACAGAUUCAAAAAAUAAUGAAAAUGAAGAUGCUGCUUGUGAUGUUUGUCGAUGUGUAAGUUUUGAAAAAAAUUAAAAAUUAAUUCACAUAAUCUUUUUUAGCCCGAAUCUGACCUCGAAGAUAAAAUAGUGUUUUGUGAUGGUUGCAAUAUGUCUGUUCACAUGUCUUGUUAUGGUUUAUCCGAACUUCCACCUGGUGAAUGGAUUUGUCAAAAAUGUUCAACACUUCUCGAUUCCAUUCCACCUUGUUUACUGUGUCCAACAACCGGAGGAGCAAUGAAAUGUACUGAAAAUGGAGAUAAAUGGAUUCAUGUAGCGUGUGCUUUGUGGAUUCCUGAAUGUAGAUUUGGAAAUGUUGAAACUCGUGAACCAAUAAUGUCAAUAGAAAAUAUAGAUGAAGAAAGAUGGCAGCUAAAAUGUUCUGUUUGUGAUACUCGUCAAGGUUAGUUUUUAUUUUCAAAAAUGAUUUACUUCACAAUAAUUAUUACAGGUGCUUGCAUACAAUGUAAAUUCAAAGGUUGUUCAACUCCAUUUCACGUAACUUGUGCACUUCGAAGUGGUUUUACAAUGAAAAUUGAAGAGCAAAACGAUGAAAUACAGUUUAAUUCGUAUUGUAAAAAACAUUCGCAUAAUAAUGAAUCAAAUGGUGAUUCAUCAAAUCGAAAUCAAGGCGAAGAAGGUGCAAAUGAAAAAUUGAAAAGAUAUGAGAAAUCAUUUUAUUUGUAUGCUGAUUUCGAUAAAAUUGCCAAAAUGUGAGUGAGAAUUAAAUUAUUUUUCAUAUUUAAAAAUAACUCGAUUUUUCCAGGUUGAAUUUACCGCAAUUGUUAGUUUCGGAUGUUUAUGAAUAUUGGAAACAGAAACGAAAAAAUCGGAAUUGUGAAUCAUUGAUUGGCGAUCCUCAAGAUCGAAUCGUCGUCGGAACUUCCAAUUUUCUGAAUUUGCCUGAAAUCAGCCGAAUCGAUAGAACAAAAAUGAACUAUGAGAAAAAACAACCAAAUAUGAUUGAGAAAAAAUUGUUGAUGUUUAGAGAUGCGAGAAUUCGAUUAGAUCAGGUAUAUAAUUCAGGAAUUUCGAGCCUAAAUCAAACAUGGUUUUUUCCAGCAACGAAAUAUGAUGACAUUGAUUAUUCAACGUGAACAAAAGAAAAGAACAAUUCUUCAAGCUGAUAAACAUGCUGUUUUUCUGAUGUUAGAAUAUGCUGCAACAAAAAUAAUCUCACCACGAUCAGCAGAUGCUUUGGCUGAAUUAAUGGAGGUUUGUUUAUAUUUUUAUCACUUAUCGAAUACAGUUUAGUUACAGACAAUGAUGACUGAAACGCAAGUCGGUGAAAUGUACAAAUUAGCUGCUGAUACUGAAUUUGCUAAACAAAUUCAAGAGAAAUUAGCAGAAAAACUAUCACUAUUAGAUGAACAAGAUAAUGAGCAAAUGAAUUGGACACAUUUGGAUUUGGGAAAGAAACCGGAUUUGAGAAAACGAAGAAGUUCAUCGAUUGCUACGGAUUUGAAAAAUAUUCUAGAGGAAGAAGAGAAAAAAGAUGAAAAAGAGCGGAAAGUUAGAAAACGACCAAGAGUUAAUCACGCAAAGUAAGUCAAUUAAAAAAUUAUUUUGUAUAUUUAAAAAUUCAAUUUUUCCAGCGUUUCUCCACAAUGUUCAUCUCCUUCUGCAAAACGGAUUCAAACAAAUAUUCCAAGAUAUCCGAAAAGAACUUGA